GACGACGCAGGAGGAGUUUUCGGUUUCGCCCCGCCGGGAAGUUCCAAAGUCCCUCCGGUUACGUGCUGCUUUCCCCCCACCCCGCCGGAACACGGACGAACACUUCCACCAUGGUCGCCGUGCCCUGAGGGGAGAUGGACUUGGCGGGAGAGGAGCUGCUGAACGGCUCCGCUUGUAUGUCCCGGAACGAGAGCGGCGGCGCCGGGCUGCCGCGCGCCUCCGCCGGACUGUCCACUGCGCUGGCCAGCGUGCUGAUCUUCACCAUCGUGGUCGACAUCCUGGGCAACGUGCUCGCCAUUCUGUCCGUGUACAGGAAUAAAAAGCUCAGGAAUGCAGGCAACAUAUUUGUGGUGAGUCUGUCAGUCGCAGACCUGGUGGUGGCGCUGUACCCCUACCCUUUGGUACUGACGGCCAUCUUCCACGACGACUGGACUAUGGGGGACAUGCACUGCCAGGCGAGCGGUUUCAUCAUGGGCAUCAGCGUCAUCGGCUCCAUCUUCAACAUCAUGGCCAUCGCCAUCAACCGCUACUGCUACAUCUGCCACAGCCUGCACUACGACCGCGUCUUCAGCCUCAGGAACACCUGCUGCUACUUGGGCCUCACCUGGAUCUUCACGGCCAUCGCCACCGUGCCCAACUUCUUUGUGGGCUCGCUGCAGUACGAUCCUCGCAUUUACUCCUGCACUUUCGCCCAGACGGUUAGCUCAUAUUACACCAUCUCCGUGGUCAUCAUCCAUUUCCUGAUCCCGCUGCUGGUGGUGUCCUACUGCUACUUGAGGAUAUGGGUGAGGGUGAUCCAAGUGAAACAUCGGGUGAAACCAGAACAAAGAGCCAAACUAAAACCCAGCGACGUAAGGAACUUCCUGACUAUGUUCAUGGUGUUUGUGUUGUUCGCUGUCUGCUGGGCGCCGUUGAACCUGAUCGGCCUGGCGGUAGCGAUCAACCCGGCCAGAGUUGCUCCGAACAUACCGCAGUGGCUGUUUGUCACCAGCUACUUCAUGGCAUACUUCAACAGCUGCCUCAACGCCAUCAUAUACGGACUGCUGAACCAAAACUUUCGUAAAGAAUACAAGACGAUCGUCCUCGCUUUGUGCAUCCCACGUUUACUCCUGGUGGAAAACUCCAGGUGUGUCACAGAGGGCCUGAAGAGUAAACCCUCAGCGGCUGUGACAAACAAUAACGUAGCAGAGAUAAACGUAUAACAAAGGGCAUUUCUCGGGAAUCCGGGUUCACCUGCUGCCUUCAGACAUGCUAUCAUUUUGUUUGCUGCUUAUUCUGUUCUGGUUUUACACCAGGAGCUGAAGCCCGACUACACCUUGACACACGCCAAGCUUACGUGAACCACGACAUCACCCACGGUGCAUUGGUAUUACAAAUUAAAG